AAUCCGCUGCAAGUCGCCCACUGUGUGCUGGCCCGCAGAACGCAGCCGUCGAGAGCGAAGGUAGAAGGUAGUACUUACAUAGAAAAACAGUGCACUACGGUAGACGUAACAUAGUACGAUCAGAAGACCGUCGUUGACAGUUCUUACACUUGGCGGGCCUUGGGUGUACGCGGUUGUGCUGAAAUAUCGUUCACGCGUGUCAGCCGACGAGUUAACGGCACGCCCAACUGUAACGGGACGUUAUGGAUGACAUGCUAUUUCAAUUGCGGUUCAGCUGCAAACAGCUCGAACGACUCUCCAAGAAGGCGGAGAAGGAUGAGCGACUGCAGAAGGCGAAGAUCAAAAAGGCCUUGCAACAGGGCAACGUCGAAGGUGCGCGAAUCUAUGCCGAGAACGCCAUCCGCAAGAAGAACGAAAGCAUAAAUUACCUGCGCAUGUCUUCCAAGGUGGACGCUGUGAGCUCCAAGAUCAAAAGUGCCAUGGCCAUGAAGCAAGUCACCAAGAAUAUGGGUGGUGUGGUAAAAGCACUUGAUAAGGCCAUCAACUCAAUGGACUUGCAGAAGGUAUCAGCUGUCAUGGAAAAGUUUGAGCAGCAGUUUGAGGAUCUGGAUGUGCGGAGCUCAGUUUUGGAAGAUGCUAUGGGCACAGCCACAACCACAACUGCACCUGCAGCCCAGGUAGACCAGCUGAUCCAGCAAGUUGCUGAGGAGAGUGGCCUUGAAAUGAUUGACCAGCUCAACCAGGCGGGCCUAACCCCGGCUGAUACCAUUGCUGCCUCCACAGGUCGCUCACAGGCCGCUGAAGAUGCCCUCACCAAGCGCCUUGCAGCACUACGUGACUGAUGGCUGAUGCAUGUGUGGUUAUUGUGGUCACCUAGAAUUUUUUUGGUGGGGAAAUGUGGAGGGGAUCAGGUUGUCCAGCUUUUCUUUUCUACCCAGCAUGUUUUGCACUGUGUAGCAGGUCUGCUAUUCUGCUGUAUCUCCACUAAUGCCAUUUUGUAAUGUGUUAAAAAGAAGAAUAUAUGGUGGAAACUCACAAUUAAAUGAGCAUCUCGACCAGUUUUGUAGUAGUAUUUACCUGCACUCUCACUUUCUGGCCCAUUUGAAGUGCACCACUUUUUAAAGUUCACUUUGUAGACAGAGACGUUUUUUAGCAUGUUUUAUAGUUCUUUUCACUUUGUUCUUUGAGUGCUUUCAAAAUCUUUUGUAAGCAAUGACUGAAGUUCUUUAUUUUUUGUGAAAUACAUUAUAAUGGGCUUUUAAAAAAUGUAACUGAUGGCUGCUGCGAGCUGGUGUUGAUGUGGCAUGAGCCAGUGCACUAACCUUCGAAUACAUGAAUUUUCGAAGGCUAGGUUGCUCUGCCUUACAAGUCUGCUGUAUACAGAUACGGCUCUGAGCAAGUGUGGAGCUCAGUAAAUGCUGAACAGAUAUUUUAUUUUUGCAUUAAAGCCAAUUUUCACAUGAUGCACCUAUCGGUAUCGGCACCAUUGUGAUAUCAGGCUACCAUGUCAAUUCUGGUGGCUUCACACUCUAGUAUAACUAUUUGUGAUGAAGUUGGGUACCGAAACAUUGAACAUGGCCUCUCUCACAUCACCAAAAACAUUCAAAAUGGCUGCUUGUGUGUCGCCAAUAGAGCCAUGGAGUGGAAUGGCUGUAGAAACGCGGUAUCUUGCGCGAGCAUGUGACAAGAAGCUCUUGCAAUGCUGUGACGUCAGGGUACAGUUGAAAUUAAAAGUAAUUUUAAAAACGCACUGUAAAUGCUUUUUUGGAGUGCUCUCAUGGUCGCCAGUAAAUUUUUUUGCUUUUGAGCGCUUGGUCUUUCAUUAGUAAAAAAAAAAAAAAAUGUUACUGAAAACUUUUUGUUUUGGUACUCUUUUAAGAUAGGAAACAUUUGCUCUAGAUGCACAGAUAAAGUGGUGCCUUUUGUAAAUUAUAAUGACAACAACCAAAAUCAUCCAGAAUUAGCUUAGGUAUUGUUAAUGGCUGCUGGCAAUUCAAUCAGGCAAGCACCAGUUCUGCAGCUUUGCCAGUAUCUUUUUGGUGACAUGUACUAUUCACACAUAACAAAUUUAGCUAAGGUGAUAUUCAGUUGCAGUCGGCCCUCACAGCACCAUAUGAUUUCAAAGUGUGCACACGACUGGAAUGGUGUACUACAUGCAGUGGUACAGAGCACUUGUUAUGGAAGAUGUAACAGUGACAUUGUUUUAGUAUGUUAAUUUCUGUAAGUAUGUCAUUUUAUGGCAAGUAUUUUGGAGGUAAAUUGGAUAGCAUCUCCACCUUCCAUUUUUAACUGUUGUUGUUGGUUCGCUCUGUAUCUUUGCUUGAUGACAUGCUUUUAUGAAAGGGGUAUGAUUGAAAUUAGAUGCUAAUAUACGAGGGCCCAUUGAGCCGAUUGUUUUUAUGUUGGUGUGUAUUCUUUAUUAUGCAUUGCUACUACAAAGUACAUGCAUUAUUAUGCAUUGCUACUACAAAGUACAUGCAUUAUUAUGCAUUGCUACUACAAAGUAGGGGUUUUGUGGUUUUUGAUAUUUGCACGAUUUUUUUUCAGUGAAACCACAUUGCCUUUUUUCUUGAGCUUUAAUUUCAAAAACAGUGUGACAUAACUCUUCAAGCACCAUUAUCUAAGUAUAGGCAUAGUGUCAAGAUGGUAAGAAGCUGUGGUAUAGUUUGCUCAAUAUUACUAAUUAUUAGGUUGUUCUCAAAACUGUGCUAUGUAUACAAAAUGAUUUGAAUAUACUGAAAUUACCACAGUUGGGUGUUUAACGUAUUCUGAAACAGCUCCUGCUUUCCUCCUAAUGUGGGAAGAAAUGUUCGCUGGGCCCACAAUUGAGUUUUACAAUUUUUUUAUUUUGAUUACGCUUAAAACAAGAAAUUGCUAAUGGAAUAUAGAAAAUACUUGUCUAGCUUCUCACAGUAAUAUAUAGAGGGAAAUGUACUGCCACCAUUUAUACAAGUUUCAUAAGGAGCACUGUGUCGUCAUGAAAAUCAUGGUACAUACGCAUCUGUGAGACUUCUGUUGGCUCCUGUUGAGGGAUUGGCCUAAAAUACGGAUACAGGUGCACAAAGAAGGUUUCUUUAAAACAAAAAUUUCAUAAACAAACCUCAUUCACCUCUAUGAAGUUUUACCAUAAAGGAUUGCCAAGCUGCAGGGCAUAAGCAAAUAGCAAAAGGAAGAAACAGGUGCCAAAUUUGCAGAGUGAAUGCUAAUCCUAUUGCCUGUGUUCCAACUUCAGUGGCCUAUCGCAACUUUUUGUGUUUCAUAAAUUUGUGCAUCGAAGCAGAAGUUUGCAAAGUUAAUUACAACUUUAUUCUGUGUAGUGCGAAGAAAAAAAUUUGAAUAUUGUGUGCUGCUCCAGGACAAAAUUAAGUGUUGCGGCUCAAAGAAUGCAUCCAGCCAAAUUCGCCUUGGGGGUAUUUCGACUUUUCAUGAAUCAUGCCAAUCUAUAUUUGACACAUCCCAGUAUUUCCGUGCAUAUAGCAGCAUGUUGGUGCCAGUUUUCUCUCCUGGUAAUUAAACUGUAAGAAAUUCUGCACUUGCUUGUUAACUAAACAAGGAGGGAAAAGUUACCCGAAUGCAAAGCAGCUCUUGAUAGUGCUGUAUUAGUUUUCACAUCGUGUAAUACACCAGGAUUUUCGGUGCAUUUCAUCUCCAUAAUACUUGGUUUCUGUUGUCGGGAACAUCCUCACACAACAGAGUUGUCGUAGCAACCCCACAGUUCUGACUAGCCACGACAAAUGCUGGAGACCAUGCAGUGAACGGUUCAAUAAAAAUGAUGGGCAAAACUUUAAGGGGUGGAAAGACAGUGGUAGGGAAUGUAAAGCAAACAAGGGUCAUAUAUACUCUACUCAGCAUCAAGAGAAAAAAAAAAGGAGCUGAGGAAGUCAUGUAAUGCGUAGGCAAGGUAAUCGGUAGUGUACACUGAAACUUCUCGUAUAAUGAACCCAGAUAUAACGAAAUAUCAGUUAUGAUGAAGUAAAUGAGAAAUAGUCUUGUAAUAUAGUGUUAGGAAUAUACCUUUAUAAUGAAUUUUCGGAUACAAUAAACAUAUUGGCGUGCAGGAUGCAGCUUUGUCAUAGUGAGGUUUGAGUGCAUUAGAUUUACAGAAUAGUUGUGAAGGCAAGAGAAGGGAAGUCGGGGAUGGAAGUUUGCAUGCAUUAGAUGGAUGUGCUAGUGCAAGAUAGAGUUAACUUGAUAUCCUUGGAAGAGACUUGUGUACUAGGUACAAUUUGAUAUCCUUGGAAAAGACCUGUGUACUGCUGUAGAUGGGCUAAUAGGCUGGCAGUAUUGAUGAGGGAAACAUGAAUGUCGACAAACAUUUUAAGCAUUUUAUUUGUGUGCACCUUUCAUGGGGCAGCAUUGCAUGGCACUGGAACAAAAAUAAGCAGCACGUUUGGUUGUCUUUAUGUAACACUGCAAGAUAAUGCCUGCACAUUUUUAUAAUUUUUCUUUCUUUAGUGUGAUUUGGUGCUCGUUCUGUGCUGAAAAAAGCUGUGCCUGGAAGUAGUUGGAGAGGCAGUGAGUGAAGUAUUACAAUUUGGAUGGUUUAUUAUGAAUCUAAAUUCAUUGAAAAGCAUGGUAAUUAAAUCCACAGCUUUAGUGAUAACAUUGCCCCGAAGCCAUCAUGGUAGUUUUAUUUUCUCUGCUGUUUUCCGCCCUACUACGGCUUAGCAGAUGCUGCAUUGUAAAAGUGGACAGGCUUUCACAGUAUGUCUGCGCAAUGUCUGUGUAGAGAUUUAAAUGAGCGAAGCUUCCAUUGCACAGUCAAUGUGUGAUGGCAGCCUUUUAUAAAGUAGGUGACAUGUAUCGCUUCAGCAGUCAGUGCAUAAUUGUAUUCACAAGAAUGGCAGACCAGCAAAAGACAACUCAAGGAACACACUUAACUUGCUAAACAUACAUAGAGAGUGAACGUAUUGUUUUCAAACAUCUGGAUGCUGUAGUUACUGUAGAAUGUGCUGAAGUUGAGAAUUUGUGCUUGGCAAGUUUUAUUUUGCCUUGUAGAUAGGUACACUGUGCCUGCCCCGUGUCCUUUGACAGUGAUUGAAAUGAUGCUUACACUGUACAUACUGUAAUUAAACGAGCUUAUUUGUGUCAUGUA